AUGACGACCUUCGCAAAAUCCACCUUCAACGCCCUCACCUACGCCACCUUCCGUCCAACCUACCCCCCUCAAAUCUUCAAAACCGCCCUCGCCUACCACGCCUCCUCCCCCACCCCCAAACAACACACCCUCCUCGACCUAGGCUGCGGCCAUGGCCUCAUAUCCCGCGCUCUCUCCCCACACUUCACACGAGUGAUCGGUACAGACCCCAGCGCAAAGAUGAUUGCACAAGCUAUUGAAUCGACGCCUUUCUCAAAUGAAAGCCAGGGCGGAGAUGGCAGGAAGUACUCAAAUAUAGAAUACAAACAAGCCUCUGCCGAAGACCUCUGGUUCCUCAAAGAUGGCGAAUUGGAUAUGGCUGUUGCUGGGCAGGCAGCGCAUUGGUUUGACUACUCUCGCGUCUGGGGCGAGUUGAGUCGUACAGUUAGGAACGGAGGAACGCUUGCGUUCUGGGGGUAUAAAGAUAGUGUUUUUGUGGACCAUCCUGCUGCCAGCAAGGUGCUGGAUAGGUAUUGUUAUGACGAGGAUAAAAUGGGACCGUAUUGGGAGCAGCCUGGACGGGAUAUUCUCAGGGGAUUGUUUCGGAGUAUUGUUCCGCCUGAAGGGGACUGGGAACGUGUAGAGAGGGUGGAGUAUGAGCCUGGUUUGGAGGGGGGGAAGGGGAACGGAAGUGGGGAGGUGCUGAUGCAGAGGAGACUGAAGUUGGGGGAGGUGGAGGGGUAUGUGAGGACUUUUAGUGCGUAUUGGAAUUGGAUGGCUGCGAAUCCUGGGGUGAAGAGUAGGAGGGAGGGUGGCGAGGGGGAUGUGGUUGAUGAGAUGUUUGAUGAGAUGAGAAGGGUUGAGCCUGAGUGGGAGGAGAAAGAGGAGAAGUGGAGGGAUUUGGAGGUGGAUAAUGAGUGGGGGAGUGUUAUUCUGAUGGCGAGGAGAAAGUGAGGGUGAAUAUGCGGGAGUUCUUGGGGUGGUGAGAAGAUUGCCGGCCGGCCGCAAGUAAAUACUGGUUAUCGCCGUGAGCUUUGCAACUUCGGUAAAAUCACCUCGAACUACAACAUUGAAAUCAGUGUAUAUAAUUAUAUAUGUGUACCCCGAGGUAGAUUUGUGAACUAGAUCACUUAAAACAGGCUCAAAAGUUAUUUCAGGAUGACAGAAUAUGUCAUUUCAG